AGAUAAAAGUUUUAUAUUUCACAGUAGGAAUCUGGUAAAACCUGCGAACCACUGGGAUGAAUCAGACAUGCUUAUAACCGUCCAGUGUAUAGACAAGGAUCUCAAAUAAAAGAAGUCAACUCGACAACUAUAUUCUGUUUGUCAUUAAAUAUAUAUCAUAUUUUUUACGGAAGAAAUACAAACUGUGUGACUAUUUAUAAAGUGAAUAACAAGACUGCCAUUGAGGAUGGAUGUGUUAAACAUGUUCAGUGAUUUAACUCCAUAUACUUUACUACUUGGGUUGGUUAUGGUGCUUCUAAUUGCUGUCAUCAUGUCCCAGCAAGAACAACCUGGUAUUCCUCCUGGACCAUCUGCCUGGCCGGUUGUUGGUAAUGUCUUCGAUAUGGGUGGUAAAUACAAAGGAAAGCGGCACAAAUACUUUGACGACAUGCGGAAAAAGUAUGGAAGUAUCUAUAGAUUCUAUUUCGGCAAUCAGCUGUACGUAGUUUUGAAUGAUGCAGAUUCCAUUGAAGAAGCAUUUGUGAAGCAUAAGAGUGAGUUCAGUAACAGACCAGUAGAUGCAUUCUGGAUAGUGAGGGAAAGCAACAAAUCUGGAACAGGCAUCAUCUGGUCAAAUGAUGACGAAUGGAAGGUAAAGCGGGAGUUGGCACUCCAGAUUCUCGGAGAAUCAAAUCUUGAAGAUAUGGUGAGAGCGGAAACAAAAGUUGUGUUAGAUGUUUUAUCUCAGUCAGACGGAAAGCCAUUGGCGAGUCAAGGCCUGUUCUUAAAUGCGACGGUAAACAUCAUUAGUCGUAUACUUUUGGGUUCCAGAUUCGACGACAAUGAUCCUGACUUCCUCCGCAUUAUCGAUGUAGUUUCAACAUCUUUUACAAACGAGGGAACGUUUUCAAUGCUCAACGUGUUCCCAAAACUACGCUUUUUACCGUUUAUAGCAUCCAAAUUAAGAGUACUUUUUGACAAAGUUGGUAAAGUGCGAAAUUAUCUUUCUGGACAAAUUAGUGAACACAAAAAGCAAUACACAAAAGAUAAACUAAACGAUUUAAUCGAUGUUUAUCUGUCCAAAAAUGGUCACGAUGACGGAAUGAAAUUGGUUAGCGAAGGUGAUCUUGUAAAACUUAUCUUGGAGUUAUUCCCAGCAGCUUCUGUUACAACAAUGAUUUCUUUGAACUGGGCGUUACUUUAUAUGAUUCUACACCCAGAGAUACAAAAGAAAUGCCAAGAUGAGAUUGGAAGCGUUGUUGGUACCAAUCGAAUGGUACAUUGGUCAGACAGAUCAAAGCUGCCUUACACACAGGCAACUCUUCUGGAAAUUCAACGUGUUGCAAGUGUUACCGCAACAUCUAUUCCACAUACACCAACCAAAGAUGUCGUUCUAUCGGGUUUCUUGAUUCCAAAGGAUUGUGUAGUUCUUGCUAAUUUGUAUAGUUGUCACUUUGACGAACAAAUAUGGGACGAACCCUUAGUUUUUAAGCCCGAAAGGUUUCUAAAUGAUGCUCGAAACCCGACAAAACCUCCUGCUUUCAUGCCGUUCUCUACGGGCCCUAGAAGAUGUCCAGGAGAAAGUCUUGUCGUAUUGGAGUUAUUUGUAUUUUUUACUAAUAUUUUACAGAAGUUCUCUCUGACUGGUAGUGGUGAGUUGAGUACAGAUGGUAAUUAUGCCAUCUUCUUGUCGCCGCCUCCAUUUCUUAUUCAUGCAAAAGGUAGACAGUAGUAUAACAUGUAAUUAAUAAUGAGGUAUUCAACAUUCAAUCAGCAUUAUAUUGUGUUCUUAAACGUUUAAAUGAUUUCAGUUUCAUCGUUACUUUCUAUUGUUUAAUAUAAUCCAUGGUUUUAAUCGCUUUAAUAUGUACUUUAACUGAUAGUUAAACCAAGCUGUAUUUGAUGUAUGUAAAUGUUAAAUAACUUUCUUAUACCUUGUUAAUAUUGUAAUCUGGAUUAUACAUUGUUAUUUAAAAAAUACCAUGGUUUAUUGUCUGUUUGGAUACAUUUAGGUUUGAUUUGUGAAGGCAAUAUAAUUAUCAGGUCACUGAAAUUACCACAUAUUAUUAAGUUUCUUACUUCAACAUUUUUAACUCAAAGAUACCAAAUUCUUGUUUGUUACAUUGGUGACGCUCACAAAUUCAAUGAAAAAUAGAUUAAGACUACAUGAAUUAAAUUCUGAACACCGUCUUUUGUUACAGUAUUGUCUAUGGAUUAGUUAGUUGUUCGUGGGAUCACACCUUACUAAUUAUAAUAAUUCCCAGGA